AUGGUAAAGUCUUUAUUCAACAUCUGUUUAUCGGCUGUCUGCCAACACCAACUAAACGAGCAUCUGGCACUGAUUCCGAUCGAAUGCAAACAAAAAUUGCUUGAAUUCUUCACCAAUCAUGAUCAGUUAUCCACACAGGAUUGUGAUCGACUAGUGUCUUCACCGUCUUUCGCGGAUAACCUCACCGAGUUGAAGUUCUACCUCAGUGAGGAUCUCUCCGAUUCAAUGCUAGCCGCUCUCACUGCCAACAAUAAACGCCUCGAAAGAAUCACCUUAGUGGAAUGUCCAAGGGUUACUGACAAGGGAGUACGGACGGUGACAUCAGGUCAGAAGAACCUGCUACAGCUCGAAUUACGUGCGAUGUAUCAGCUGACCGAUGCUGGACUUACGGACGUCCAUUGUCCGCAUCUACACACUGUGGACAUUAGCGGGUGUGCCAGGGUAACGAGUCUCGGAAUUCGCUUCCUCGUUCAAAGGAACCCCAACAUUCAUUGCCUUUACCUCAAUCACUGCAGAUCACUAGACGACCAGGCCCUUUAUGACAUCGCCUACUACGUUGGAGAACGGUUACGAGUACUAGAACUGGAUUUUUUACCUUCGUUAGCCGAUCCUGCAGCAGCGCUUCAACAUCUCUCCACACAAUGUCCGAACGUGUGUCAACUCUCACUAGCGCGAUUUUUCAAUGAGAGCUAUGACGACUUUCCACCGGCUAUGCAGUUCAGAAUCGACGGCUUCAACUUACGCGACAUUGAUCUAUACGGGAACUACUUCAUAAUCCUGCCAGAACUCCCACCAACGGUGCAUUCGCUUCGCAUCUCUGUAAAUGGUGACGAGAACCCUUUUGAGUUAGUACGCAGCCUUGAAGCGCAGCCAUUUCUCAAGAGCAUCAACCUACAGCUGACGAUUCGCGAGGCUAGCAUUGCAGCCAUCGACAAUGCGAACACGCUGCUUAGCACGAUUCUACCGUACAUUGGCAACAAGAUUACAAUACUUACAGUAGCUACUCCCCGCCUAUUUGAUGACUCUCUACGGUUGAUCACUGAAUGUACGCCGAACCUGACGCACCUCGCUCUCGAUGUCAACCAUCUGAGCACACAUAUUUUACAGCGAUACUUUGCAGGUGGCGCCAAAUCCCAAGGAUCCCGUCUUCGUUCGUUGAAGAUCUGUCGCAUGAGGAUCACCUACCGAGUGUUAUUCGCUAUUGCACGUGGGGCGCGAAAUUUACUUGAUCUCGAAACAUCGCAAAUGCUUUCUGUCGAUGAUCGGUUCCUCUCGAUUCUUGGCGAUAACUGCAGACAGUUGAGAUGUAUCAAUUUGAAUGGAUGUCGGUGGGUCAGUGACAAGGGCAUGGCUGCUCUUGCAAGGCGCUGUCCACUACGGGAAGUUCGGAUUCGCGGCACCGCCUGCACCGAUAAAUCUAUCUACAUGCUCGCUCAGUUCUGCCCCGAUCUCGAGUGGAUCUCGUACGCUGACUACUCAGGUCGGCCGAAAUUCACCGACAAAGCACUCCAAUUCCUCAGGGAUUCAUGUAUACAAAAAGUCAUCUGUUAA